AGGUCGCCCUUUUCACUUCAAGCAACAUUCAGAUGGUUUAAAGAAUAAGAUCACCCAAUAAUGUGACAUCCAAUCAUGCGCACAGCGCCUUAAAAUCCAAGAUGGCGGACAAGGACUGGGUGGAGUAUUUCGGAGACUUUAGCAAUAAAACCAAGCCCAAAUACGAAGAAUAUGUCCCGACAGAAAAGAAUUAUAGUUAUUUUGAUAACCAGACAGAUGGAUAUUCGAAUUUUACUUCAGAUGACUUCUGUGGUUCAAAUCACUCCCAUGUGUACCUAAAUGUCACCUGUGAAUUCCCUAUCAGCUAUGCCGAGCCUAUGUAUGGAUACAUCGCACCCUUCCUCCUAGCAACCACCAUAGUGGCCAACACUCUCAUAGUGGUGGUUCUCUCCCGUCGCCACAUGCGGACUCCCACCAACAUAGUCCUGAUGUCCAUGGCGUUGUGCGACAUGUUCACCAUGCUGUUCCCGGCGCCAUGGCUGUUCUAUAUGUACACCUUCGGGAACCAUUAUAAGCCGUUGAGCCCUGUUCGAGCCUGUCAAGCUUGGAAUUAUAUGAAUGAGGGAGAUCACACUUUGACAGCUCAUAAAAAUACCCAAUUCAUAUUCAUCGUUCCUAAAGACAUCUGCUGA